UGCGCAGCCGCAAAAAGAGCUCGCGGCCUCGGGUCCGACUCGAGUCUUCAUCAGUUUCCCGCCUGGCCUGAUGAAGCCAGACCCGGUCCGGUCUGGUCUCCGCGCCUCUCAACGCCUCGGUGAGGCCGAGACCGCAGCGCUGGUCUCGGGCCACUAGCCCUCUUCUCCAGAACCGCCGCCAACAUGCUGCAGCCCGUGUUCACCCUGAAACUGCGCCACAAAAUCAACCCCCGUAUGGUGGCCGUAGGGCGCUACGACGGGAUUCACCCGUGCCUCGCGGCCGCUACCCAAGCGGGCAAGGUUUUUAUUCACAACCCUCAUGCACGGAACCAACAUCUCGAUGCUCCCAGGGUCCUCCAGAGCCCCCUGGAGUCUGAUGUUUCACUUCUCAACAUUAACCAGACAGUCAGCUGCCUGACCGCAGGAGUACUGAACCCUGAACUUGGCUAUGAUGCUCUUUUAGUGGGGACACAGACCAAUCUGUUAGCUUAUGAUGUCUACAAUAAUUCAGAUUUGUUCUACAGAGAGGUAGCAGAUGGGGCCAAUGCAAUCGUGCUGGGGACGCUGGGAGACAUCCCCUCUCCCCUUGCAAUUAUCGGUGGAAACUGUGCUCUGCAGGGUUUCAAUCAUGAAGGAAAUGAUCUCUUUUGGACGGUUACUGGCGAUAACGUCCAUUCCUUGGCCUUGUGUGACUUCGAUGGCGAUGGAAAGAAAGAGCUUCUUGUUGGAUCUGAGGAUUUUGAUAUCCGAGUUUUCAAAGAAGAUGAGAUAGUGGCAGAAAUAACAGAAACAGAGAUCAUCACCUCUCUUUGCCCCAUGUAUGGCAAUCGAUUUGGUUAUGCCCUUUCCAAUGGCACCGUUGGAGUUUAUGACAAAACAGCCCGAUACUGGAGAAUUAAAUCCAAAAAUCAUGCCAUGAGUAUUCAUGCUUUUGACCUUAAUUCUGAUGGAGUGUGUGAACUGAUAACUGGUUGGGCCAAUGGGAAGGUCGAUGCUCGAAAUGACCGGACCGGGGAGGUCAUCUUUAAGGACAGCUUUUCUUCUGCAAUUGCUGGUGUGGUGGAGGGAGAUUACCGGAUGGAUGGCUGCCAACAGUUAAUCUGCUGCUCGGUGGAUGGAGAAAUCCGGGGCUACCUGCCGGGCACGGCUGAGAUGAGAGGCAACCUCAUGGACACCAGCCUAGAGCAGGACCUGAUCCGAGAGCUGAGUCAGAAAAAACAGAACCUGUUGCUGGAGCUCCGCAACUAUGAGGACAACGCCAAGGCAGAGUUGAGCAGUCCACUGAAUGAGGCUGAUGGGCAUCGGGGCAUGAUCCCGGCCAACACCAAGCUCCACACCGCCCUCUCCGUCAACCUGGGGGGUGAGACACAGGCCGCCCACGCGGAGUUGUGCAUCUCCACCUCUAAUGACACCAUCAUCCGAGCAGUGUUGAUUUUUGCGGAGGGCAUUUUUGCAGGUGAAAGCCAUGUGGUGCACCCCAGUGUCCACCAUCUUUCCAGCUCCGUCCGCAUCCCCAUCACACCUCCCAAAGACGUCCCCAUGGACCUGCACUUGAAAACCUUCGUGGGUUACAGGAGCAGCACCCAGUUUCACGUGUUUGAGCUGACAAGACGGCUACCCCGAUUCUCCAUGUACGCGCUCACCAGCCCUGACCCUGCCAGUGAGCCCGUCAGUCACGUCAACUUUAUCAUCGCAGAACGGGCCCAGAGGGUGAGUGUCUG